AUGGUUGGCUGGAACGACAUGGCCUACGAGCUUCGCUUGAAGGUCUACGAAUGGGUGCUUGAAGAAUACCCUCGACCUCGCGGCAAACUGACCGACUAUUCUCUCGUUUCCAAGGAAUGGCAGCAGUUCUUCGAGAAGGAGAUUUAUCGUCACAUCACCAUCGAUCGGCGCUAUUUUGAAACUUUCUACCGCUACAUUCAUCGCCAGAAACACCUUGUCAAGCAUAUCUGGCUCCGUAUCGAGCUUGAACGAUAUGAAUGCGAUGUCUGCGACCACAAACUCUUGAACCAAGCCCCCCAGAACGAUCACCUCGAGCUUCGACGAUCCAUCAUCGGGCUCUUCACCAUCCUUCAUUCCUGGGAUGAAGACGGAGCUUCGGAUAUCAAGUUGGAGAUCAGCAUCUGGUCCCGCAGCGACUUCGACCAUACUUUCCGGGAGGAUGUCUACAUCGACUCCGACUUCAACUUGAUCUGUGAGCUCGACCGACCCGAGGGUCCUUGCGAUGAGACCUUUCGCGAGAUGGAUGGCGAAAACAUGUGGCGUCGUCCUUACGGUCUCGGCCUUCAGCCCAACAUCGAAGACCUCCCUCGUGUCCGAGCCAUCGGCGGCCUGCUUGUGCGCCGACAUACUCGAUGCGUCAUUGGUAUCCCAACCAUUCAACAGAUCAUUGAUGGUCUUCCAAAGCUCAAGGAGAUUUUCUAUGAGCCACGUCGCAAGUAUUACCUGAUCCCGCACAAUAACCCUCGCCUCGGCUAUGGAGACCUCGCGCUGCUCAGACUCCCCGGGACGCUCCGACGCGUAGUCAUCUUCGAGGAUUUCAACGAGGCUCACGAGAAGCACAUCCUUAGCCGCUCCCUCUUGGCGCAGUCGCAGCCUCGCGUCCGAAGCCCCUCUCCUGAGGUCGGAAUCGCCAUGGCACACCUCAGCCUCUCGCUUGAGAAGCUCUCCGUCUCGUACAUGACCAAUGCGACUCAGUUCUUCAACGCCUGCAAGAGCCACUGGGUCUGGCACAAUCUCCGAGAGCUGGCCCUGACGACCAACCUGAUGCGAAGCAUGACCCCGGAGACUUGCGACUUGAUUGUGCGAGCAGGACAGUUUGCCAUGAAGAUGCCCAAGCUGCACUUCAUGGAGCUCUGGCACGGAAAGUCCAAGACUGCCGCCAAGUUCGUCUACCAGUCCUAG